UUUGCCGAAGUGAUAUGCUUGUCAGAAAGCAAAGGUAAUAUGAGGCCUUUGUGGGCAUUAGCCAGUCUGGCAUGGCUGCACAUCUUGCUAACACACUGUGCUCAAGCAUUUGAUCCAUUCGUUUAUGAUUCAACUGAGCCGUGUAGCCGUCAGUGCAACAGAUACUAUGCACCAGUUUGUGGCAGCGAUGGACAGACCUACUACAGCCUGUGUGUUCUACUGUCUUUCCGAUGUAAAAAUAAUGAUAGAUCGCUGGAGAUGCGAUACCAGGGGAGGUGUAGAAUUAUUAUAAAAAUCAAGCCGGUGUGUCCGAGAAGUUGUCCAAGCUUAGCGCUCCCAGUAUGUGGUACAGACAAUGCAUCCUACCUUAACAAAUGCCACUUAGAGGCUGCAGCGUGUCAGCGAAGUGACCCAACACUACUGGUUCAAAGCCAAGGAUACUGUAUACGAACCGCACAAGCUCAAAGAUGCAGCACAACGUACUCGCCAGCCUUUCGACCAGUGUGUGGUCGAGAUGGAAAUACAUACCUGAAUAGGCAGGUGAUGACUGUUGCAGCCUGUGUUAAUAACAAUCCAACCCUAGCCAUUCCACUACAUAGGGGCAUGUGUCAAUUUCGUGGAGUCAAAAUUAAGAAGAAAUGUCGAGAGUUUCGUUGUGAUACUAAGUACAAUGCAGUUUGUGGAACUGACAGCAAGACGUACAUCAACUCAUGCUUCAUGUACUACACUUCCUGUGUGAAAAAGGAUAAAUCACUUCGAUUACUAUAUGCGGGAGAAUGCCGUGAUGAAGUUGUUGUGACAAGAACAUCAGUGAAACCAACCAAGCCAACAACAACUGAGCGCUUUCUCACAACUCAAGCUCCAGAGGUAAAACCAAUUCUUAUCACCACACAGACAGUAGUUGCUCCUCCUGACACCACAACUGCUCCAAUCACAACAAAACUAAUAACAACACCGGAACAACAACCUGAAACAACAACUGAACCAGCGACCACAUUAGAAACAGAGUCAAAAACAACUGCACAAGAAACAACACCAACCACAACAAUAAAAGAAACAUCAAUGGUACAAUUCACCUCGACUAAAGCAGCAACCACACUUCCACCAGAGUCCAUUACAACCACACGAGAAACAACUCCACAACCUGUGGAAUCAACAACUGAGGCAGUAACCACACUUAUGCAAGAAUCUAUUACCACCACACAAGUAAAAACUGCCCAACCUGUGGAAGCAACCACACUUCUAACAGAGUCCAUUACCACCACACAAGCAACAACUUCACAGCCUGUGGAAUCAACAACUCAGGAAACAACCACACUUCUGUCAGAGUCCAUUACACCCAUACAAGAAAGGACUCCACAACCUGUGGAAGCAACCACAGUUCUAACAGAGCCCAUUACGAUCACACAAGGAACAACUCAACGACGUGUGGAUUCAACAACUGAGGCUACAACCACACUUCCACCAGUCUCCAUUACAACCACACCAGGAACAACUCAACAACCUGUGGACUCAUCAACUGAGGUUGCAACCACACUUCCACCAGUCUCCAUUACAACCAUGCGAGAAACAACUUCUCAACCUGUGGAACCAACAACUGAGGCAGUAACCACACUUAUGCCAGAGUCUAUAACCACCACUCGAGUAACAACUCCACAACCUGUGGAAGCAACCACACUUCCAGCAGAGUCCAUUACCACCACACAAGGAACAACUCAACAAACUGUGGAAUCAACAACUCAAGAAACAACCACACUUCUGUCAGAGUCCAUUACAACCAUACAAGAAAGGACUCCACAACCUGUAGAAGCAACCACACUUCUAACAGAGUCCAUUACGACCACACAAGGAAUGACUCAACCACCUGUGGACUCAACAACUGAGGCUGCAACUACAGUUCUAACAGAGUCCAUAACAACCUCACAAGAAACAACUUCACAACCUGUGGCAUCAACAACUGAGGCUGCAACUACAGUUCUAACAGAGUCCAUUACAACCACACCAGGAACAACUCAACAACCUGUGGACUCAACAACUGAGGCUGGAACCACACUUCCACCAGUGUCCAUUACAACCACACCAGGAACAACUCAACAACCUGUGGACUCAACAACAGAGGCUGCAACCACACUCUCACCAGUCUCCAUUACAACCACACCAGGAACAACUCAACAACCUGUGGACUCAACAACUGAGGCUGCAACCACACUUCCACCAGUGUCCAUUACAACCACACCAGGAACAACUCAACAACCUGUGGACUCAACAACAGAGGCUGCAACCACACUCUCACCAGUGUCCAUUACAACCACACCAGGAACAACUCAACAACCUGUGGACUCAACAACAGAGGCUGCAACCACACUCUCACCAGUCUCCAUUACAACCACACCAGGAACAACUCAACAACCUGUGGACUCAACAACUGAGGCUGGAACCACACUUCCACCAGUGUCCAUUACAACCACACCAGGAACAACUCAACAACCUGUGGACUCAACAACUGAGGCUGCAACCACACUUCCACCAGUGUCCAUUACAACCACACCAGGAACAAUUCAACAACCUGUGGACUCAACAACAGAGGCUGCAACCACACUCUCACCAGUCUCCAUUACAACCACACAAGAAAGAACUUCACAACCUGUGGAACCAACAACUGAGGCUGCAACCACACUUACAACAGAGUCCAUUACAACCACACCAGGAACAACUCAACAACCUCUGUACUCAACAACUGAGGCUGCAACCACACUUCUACCAGUGUCCAUUACAACCACACCAGGAACAACUCAACAACCUGUGGACUCAACAACUGAGGCUGCAACCACACUCUCACCAGUCUCCAUUACAACCACACCAGGAAUAACUCAACAACCUGUGGAUUCAACAACACAGGCUGCAACCACACUCUCACCAGUCUCCAUUACAACCACACAAGAAAGAACUUCACAACCUGUGGAACCAACAACUGAGGCUGCAACCACACUUCCAGUAGUGUCCAUUACAACCACACCAGGAACAACUCAACAACCUGUGGACUCAACAACUGAGGCUGCAACCACACUUACAACAGAGUCCAUUACAACCACACCAGGAACAACUCAACAACCUGUGGACUCAACAACUGAGGCUGCAACCACACUUCCACCAGUGUCCAUUACAACCACACAAGAAAGAACUUCACAACCUGUGGACUCAACAACUGAGGCUGCAACCACACUUCCACCAGUGUCAAUUACAACCACACCAAGAACAAUUCAACAACCUGUGGACUCAACAACUGAAGCUGCAACCACACUUCCACCAGUGUCCAUUACAACCACACAAGAAAGAACUUCACGACCUGUGGACUCAACAACUGAGGCUGCAACCACACUUCCAGUAGUGUCCAUUACAACCACACCAGGAACAACUCAACAACCUGUGGACUCAACAACUGAGGCUGCAACCACACUUACAACAGAGUCCAUUACAACCACACAAGAAAUAACUUCACAACCUGUGGGAUCAACAACUAAGGCUGCAACCACACUUCCACCAGUGUCCAUUGCAACUACACAAGAAAAAACUUCACAACCUGUAAAAUCAACAACUGAGGCUGCAACCACACGUCCAGUAGUCACCACACAGGAAACAACUCCAAAACCUGUGGAAACAACAACUGAGGAAACAACCACACUUCAACCAGACUUAAUUACCACUCCACAAGUAACAACUCCUCAACAUGUUGUGUCAAGUACUGUACCUGUUUCAACAUCGGAUGGGACAGUCAUUGUUGCAACAACAAAAACCACCACAGUUGAAGUCACCUCGACUAAAGCAGCGACCACACCUCCACCAAAAUUGAUUACCACUGUGCGAGACACAACUUCACCAACUGUUGUGUCAACUACUGUACCUGCCUUAACACCUACUAAGACAGGCGUUUCUGAGACAACAAAAACCACUAUAGUAAAAGAAACCCCCACUGUACUGGUUACUGAAGCUAGUGGAAGGGGAACAACAAAAUCCUCUAUGGUCGAAGAAACAACAAUGGCAAAGCAAACUACAGCUAAGGCAACAACCAUGUUGCCAACAAAACCUGUUAGCACUACACCAGAGAGUACUCCACAACCUGUUGAAGCCACAACUGUGUCUGUCUCUACAACUGGUGAAACAGAUGUUUCUGAAGCAGUGACAGAAAUAACAACGCCACUGCUGGAAAUCUUGACAGAAACUACUGAAGAGCUACGAUCAACAGACACCUUUUUAAUUACCGAUGAAAUAAUCAAUCUAAUUGAUACAACAACUGAGGCAGGUAUUACAGAUACAGUAACAGACGAGUUAUCUGGUGAUUUCUCAACUGUCAGACCUGAUCUCUAUUCAACAACUACAGUGGGAUCUCCAACUGUUGAGGGAAGUACUAUGGUAACAGAUGAACAACCGUCCACUCCAGGAAUUCAAGUUACUUCAGCACAAUUUGUGGAUCAAACAACAUCUGUGAAUCCUACCCCAACAGCCCAAGAGAUUGUAUCAAAGUUUGUUGAUGGAGAUAAUAAUCAGGAUGGAAUAACUACAAUUGUACCAUCAACAAAAAGUACAACAAUAUCUGUGACGGACGAACCAACAACUUCCCUAAGACCUGUGAAAUCAACAACUCCUGAAGCUGACGUAAGAGGUACAACAAAAUCCCCCAUGGUUGAAGAAACAACUAUGGCUAGGCAAACUACAGCCAAGGCAACAAGCAUGUUGCCAACAAAAUCUGUUACCACUUCACCAGAGAGUACUCCACAACCUGUUGAUGCCACAACUGUGUCUGUCUCUACAACUGCUGAGGCAGAUGUAACUGAAGCAGUGACAGAAAAAACAACGCCACUGCUGGAAAUCUUGACAGAAACAACCGAAAAGCUACAAUCAACAGACACCUUUUUAAUCACAGAUGAAAUAAUCAAUCUAAUUGAUACAACAACUGAAGCAGGUAUUACAGAUACAGUAACAGAUGACUUAUCUGGUGAUUUCUCAACUGUCAGACCUGAUCUCUAUUCAACAACUACAGUGGAUUUUUCAACGGUUGAGGGAAGUACGAUGGUAACAGACGAACAACCGUCGACACCGGAAAUUCAAGUAACUUCAGCACAAUUUGUGGAUCAAACAACAUCUGUGAAUCCGGCCCAUACAGCCCAAGAGAGUGUAACAAAGUCUGUUGAUGGAGCUGAGACUCAGGAUGGAAUAACUACAACUGUACCCUCAACCAAAAGUGCAACAAUAUCUGUGACAGACGACUCUAUAAUUUCUCUAGAACCUGUGGAAUCAACAACUUUUUCUGUAUCAACAACUCCUAAAGCUGACGUAAGCGGAACAACAAAGUCUUCCAUGGCUGAAGAAACAACUAUGGCAAAGCAAACUACAGCCAAGGCAACAACCAUGUUGGCAACAAAACCUGUAAGCACUACACCAGAGAGUACCCCACAACCUGUUGAAGCCACAACUGUGUCUAUCUCUACAACUGCUAAGGCAGAUGUAACUGAAGCAGUGACAGAAAAAACAACGCCACUGCUGGAAAUCUUAACAGAAACUACUGAAGAGCUACGAUCAACAGACACCUUUUUAGUAACAGAUGAAAUAAUAAAUCUAAUUGAUACAACAACUGAAGCAGGUAUUACAGAUACAGUAACAGACGAGUUAUCUGGUGAUUUCUCAACUGUCAGACCUGAUCUCUAUUCAACAACUUCAGUGGGAUCUCCAACUGUUGAGGGAAGUACAAUGGUAACAGAUGAACAACCGUCCACUCCAGGAAUUCAAGUUACUUCAGUACAAUUUGUGGAUCAAACAACAUCUGUAAAGCCUUCUGCGACAGCCCAAGAGAUCGUAUCAAAGUUUGUUGAUGGAGAUAAUAGUCAGGUCGGAAUAACUACAACUGUACCAUCAACAAAAAGUAAAACAAUAUCUGUGACAAACGAACCAAAAACUUCUCUAAGACCUGUAAAAUUAACAACUCUUUCUGUAUCAACAACUCCUGAAGCUGACGUAAGCGGAACAACAAAAUCCUCCAUGCUUGAAAAAACAACUAUGGCUACGCAAACUACAGCCCAGGCAACAACCAUGUUGCCAACAAAACCUGUUACCACUUCACAAGAGAGUACUCCACAACCUGUUGAAGCCACAACUGUGUCUGUCUCUACAACUGCUAAGGCAGAUGUAACUGAAGCAAUGACAGAAAAAACAACGCCACUGCUGGAAAUCUUGACAGAAACUACUGAAGAGCUACGAUCAACAGACACCUUUUUAGUCACAGAUGAAAUAAUCAAUCUAAUUGAUACAACAACUGAGGCAGGUGUUACAGAUACAGUAACAGACGAGUUAUCUGGUGAUUUCUCAACUGUCAGACCUGAUCUCUAUUCAACAACUACAGUGGGAUCUCCAACUGUUGAGGGAAGUACAAUGGUAACAGAUGAACAACCGUCCACUCCAGGAAUUCAAGUUACUUCAUCACAAUUUGUGGAUCAAACAACAUCUGUAAAGCCUUCUGCGACAGCCCAAGAGAUUGUAUCAAAGUUUGUUGAUGGAGAUAAUAAUCAGGAUGGAAUAACUACAAUUGUACCAUCAACAAAAAGUACAACAAUAUCUGUGACGGACGAACCAACAACUUCCCUAAGACCUGUGAAAUCAACAACUCCUGAAGCUGACGUAAGAGGUACAACAAAAUCCCCCAUGGUUGAAGAAACAACUAUGGCUAGGCAAACUACAGCCAAGGCAACAAGCAUGUUGCCAACAAAAUCUGUUACCACUUCACCAGAGAGUACUCCACAACCUGUUGAUGCCACAACUGUGUCUGUCUCUACAACUGCUAAGGCAGAUGUAACUGAAGCAGUGACAGAAAAAACAACGCCACUGCUGGAAAUCUUGACAGAAACAACCGAAAAGCUACAAUCAACAGACACCUUUUUAGUCACAGAUGAAAUAAUCAAUCUAAUUGAUACAACAACUGAAGCAGGUAUUACAGAUACAGUAACAGAUGACUUAUCUGGUGAUUUCUCAACUGUCAGACCUGAUCUCUAUUCAACAACUACAGUGGAUUUUUCAACGGUUGAGGGAAGUACGAUGGUAACAGACGAACAAGCGUCAACACCGGAAAUUCAAGUAACUUCAGCACAAUUUGUGGAUCAAACAACAUCUGUGAAUCCGGCCCAUACAGCCCAAGAGAGUGUAACAAAGUCUGUUGAUGGAGAUGAGACUCAGGAUGUGUUAACUACAACUGUACCCUCAACCAAAAGUGCAACAAUAUCUGUGACAGACGACUCUAUAAUUUCUCUAGAACCUGUGGAAUCAACAACUUUUUCUGUAUCAACAACUCCUAAAGCUGACGUAAGCGGAACAACAAAGUCUUCCAUGGCUGAAGAAACAACUAUGGCAAAGCAAACUACAGCCAAGGCAACAACCAUGUUGGCAACAAAACCUGUAAGCACUACACCAGAGAGUACCCCACAACCUGUUGAAGCCACAACUGUGUCUAUUUCUACAACUGCUAAGGCAGAUGUAACUGAAGCAGUGACAGAAAAAACGACGCCACUGCUGGAAAUCUUGACAGAAACUACUGAAGAGCUACGAUCAACAGACACCUUUUUAGUAACAGAUGAAAUAAUAAAUCUAAUUGAUACAACAACUGAAGCAGGUAUUACAGAUACAGUAACAGACGAGUUAUCUGGUGAUUUCUCAACUGUCAGACCUGAUCUCUAUUCAACAACUUCAGUGGGAUCUCCAACUGUUGAGGGAAGUACAAUGGUAACAGAUGAACAACCGUCCACUCCAGGAAUUCAAGUUACUUCAGUACAAUUUGUGGAUCAAACAACAUCUGUAAAGCCUUCUGCGACAGCCCAAGAGAUUGUAUCAAAGUUUGUUGAUGGAGAUAAUAAUCAGGAUGGAAUAACUACAAUUGUACCAUCAACAAAAAGUACAACAAUAUCUGUGACGGACGAACCAACAACUUCCCUAAGACCUGUGAAAUCAACAACUCCUGAAGCUGACGUAAGAGGUACAACAAAAUCCCCCAUGGUUGAAGAAACAACUAUGGCUAGGCAAACUACAGCCAAGGCAACAAGCAUGUUGCCAACAAAAUCUGUUACCACUUCACCAGAGAGUACUCCACAACCUGUUGAUGCCACAACUGUGUCUGUCUCUACAACUGCUAAGGCAGAUGUAACUGAAGCAGUGACAGAAAAAACAACGCCACUGCUGGAAAUCUUGACAGAAACAACCGAAAAGCUACAAUCAACAGACACCUUUUUAGUCACAGAUGAAAUAAUCAAUCUAAUUGAUACAACAACUGAAGCAGGAAUUACAGAUACAGUAACAGAUGACUUAUCUGUUUGUUGA